CGAAUCUCGGAAAGCCAUAUUUUGGAAAGGGGAAUAUCCAUUUCAGUUUUCUUUACAAGACGUCGGCGCAUUUUACCGUGUGUGAUAACAAUAUCACUCAUGUUUAUACUUCAUCGAACCCGAAUGGGAGAGAGGAUAGAGGAUCUGACCACAGCUCCUACCGAACACGAGGAGAUUCAUAUUGCUGUAACUCUCCACGGUGUGAAAGCAAUCUACAACUCUCAUUCAAUGUUGAAGAGUUUACUGUAUUUUCGUGGAACUCAUAAUGGUGGUACGUACAACUGCUUGCUUCCUAAAACGUCCGUAACGCAAUGCCCGAAGAUUAAUCGGGUGACGCCGGAUCCGUUGGUUGUACAUGUCAUUCUGAACGAGUCCACAAGGGUGGAGUAUGAAGAGCAUGUAAAAAGCUGGGCUGAUGAUCACGUGCAACUAAUUGAGUAUGAAGCGGAGGAGCACUUGAGAUUGUUGAAACUAAUACCGAACACCCAUCCAGUUGGCGUCUGGGGUCCUGACAUAACUGCUCGUGGUAUCAACGUUAUAGGAGUUGCGCUCAGCCCCCGGGCUCAAAGCGCUUUACUUGACUGCAUCCCAGUGCACUGUCGUCUUUGCGCUCUACAGUUGUCCGGUUCAAUUAAAAACAAUGUAGUUCGAUGUGGUAAAUGGCGUUUAUUUGUCGUAUCAAAAUACGCCCCGACAGACUGCAGUUCUGGUAUUGAGAUGGAUGAGCUUUUAUCAAUGUCUGGCGCGAUCAGAAAGAAGAGCGGUUAUAUCGAUCCCGGUGGAUGGUAUGAUUGCCCGAGUUGA